AGUCCACGUCCGUCCCUUCGCGCAGCGCCACCCUCUUCUUGAGAAUUUCCUUCAAUGCAUCCAAUUUCGCCAGUCCAUCCUCUCCCAACUCGGUGGCCAUAUGUUUGCGAUCAAUGUCCAGAUUGGCCAGAAGCCAUUUUUCCUGCUUCAGCGCCACCUUCAUCGCUUUGAUUGGAUCCUCCUUGGCCAGCUUCAUCGCAUCAUCCCGAGCUCGUACGACUUCUUCCGUCAUGUCAGACGACCAGAUAGUCGGCUGCCCGGAAAUGUACUUGGCGAAGGCUCCGAGCAGCGCGCCCGGGUCCCGCUCCUCCAGUUCGUCUGUGUCUCCAUGCAUGUUGUAUGCCAGCAUCUCCGCUGAAUCGGCCGUGUCGCGCAAGUUUGCACCAAGCUUGGAUUUCAGCGCUGACAUCACGGCCUCCGCUGUGUCCCUGAACGAUGCUUCCUCCUGUGAAUCCUUUGAACUGCCUGAAGUAGCCUUUGUCGUUGCUGUAUAUUUGGCGUUUUCGGGGUCGAUUGCAUCAGUAGCGCUAUUGAAUCCGUCCGCAUACGCUUGUGCAGCGUUUGCCGUCUUCUCUGCUACUUUCGAGGCAGCCUCCGAAGUAGCAUCUGCCAACUUUCCCAUAACAGACGAUGCUUUCUCGCCUGCAUCCUGUGCAGCUGCACUCGCAGCCAAACCAGCCUCUGCGACCUUGUCCGAAGUCGUUUGGUCACUCUGCGAGAAGAAGAUAUAUGCCCCCGGGGAAAUCCGCGGGGGAAUGGGGGAGAUCAGAGUCAGCUCUAACGAAAUGAUGGAAGAAGGACGCGCAUCAUUUGACUAACUUCGCUGGCUCGGUCUUUAAUCUUCCCUUGCUGCUCUUUGACUUGCUUCAGCAGCUCUUCCGCUCGCUCUUGGGUCAGCAUGCUCGGUUUGUCCUU